CUCUCCCUGGAGCCCGAGGGUGAGCUCAGAGAGCAUGAGGCUCGCAGUAGUGACGCUUGUAGCGCUGCGUGCGCGCAGUCGCGCCGCCGCGCCACAGAGCAGAUGGAGACCGUACCUCGACGCGGGAACGCCGAUCAAGCCGAGCCAGUGCGUCCUCAGGUUUGUAAACGUCCCGGCGUCCGCCGUCGACGCGAACGCGCCGCCGUCCGCCGAUGUCUACGCCAAAUGGAGGGGCGACGGCGAGGUCGUCAUCGUCACGGGACGCACGUACCCGCUCCUCCAGGUAGCCGUGAACGCGGGUCUCGCGUUCCCGCGCGGCAAACUCAAGGCGCCGUACCACCAGGACACGAUGGCCGACUGCUGCCUGCUGGAGCUCGAGGACCCGGACUGGCUCGAUCCCCAGCACCCGAUGUACGAUUUCAUGCUCGAGCAGGGCGGCCGCCGCGGCCGGAGGCCCGUGCGCGCCUGCGACACGCGCGUCGAGCCGCCGCCCGGCUGCGACGAGAUGGUCCUCGACUUUGCGAUCCAGGCCGACGUGCUGGCCUCGGGGUUCGCCGACCCGGUCUCGCGCUUCGAGGGCGACUGGGAGGCUGAGUUCGUCGGAGGAUCCGGGGGCGGUCGCCAGUAUCAAAAGCGGCGACCCGGCGGACGUUUGCCGCCCGCGGGCGAGGCGGGCUUCGACUCGACCUGCGGCGUCGCGCCGUGGGACGCCGUCCAGGACUAGAUUUAUAGCAAGGAGCGUCGUGGUCUUCGUGAGAUAUGCAGAGUACCGUUUACCCUACCGGGGUACAUGGACGCCCUGCUGCUAUUGAGUAAGUAUGUAAGUUAAUG